AUGGCACCUAGCGAUCCCAUGGACCGAUCAGAACCUAUCUACUCACCCAACGGAUACCAGAAGGAGCCUAUAUCUGCCCCUUAUGGAAAUGGAGCCGCUCCCAACUACGGGUCUUACAGCAACCGUACAUCUCCACCGCGGGAAGCAGGUGGGCGUAUAACACCAGAGUACAUCAUCACUAACUACCACGGCUCACCUGCUGCAACCGACCCGGCACUUGAAGCUUCAGGGCGGCCUCUGAGUGGGCCUCCCAACGCGGACCGAGUUCAUCCACAAAGGCGUCCGUCCAACCGGGACGAGUUUGAUGGGCCUCACCAGCUUCUACCCCGCCCUUCAUCAGGAUAUCUUGAGCAAGACAGAGAUCUACCCCACCUUCCUACCAACCUGGUAGUCCAGGAACAGGACAUUAUUCUUACCCGGGUUAAUGAGCGCCUGUCGCGAUGUGCGUUUGAUUUUGUUGCCAAAUACGAGUUUCCCAUCCCCAUAGACUCCAAGAUGCGACCCGUGGAGCGCCCAGAGGACCGUGAGUGGACUGAAUGGGUAUACCUCUUGAAGCGUCUUGCUACCAAGCGUCGCAUUCCGGCUCGCGUUUUAUAUAACGGCCAGAUCAAGCAGUUUGUCACUAUCCUGGAGAACUCCCUGGAGAUGAGGCAUGCCGCCAGGAACCAGUCCAGACCAUUAAAGGAUGACCGGAACAUCUUACAAUUAAUAUCAGCCGGAAUCCAGGUGGCUAAAUUACUGCGGGAUGCGGACUCGAUGUGUUAUUUGGACCAGUUAUACGUUGCCACGGAGAAACAAAUCCAGGAGAGGAGCCAUAGCAGCCGCUAUCGUUGA